AUGCAACCCUCUCAGCCAUUUCACUUCUCUGCCAAUGCAGGAAUCCAGGUCCUUUUCUUCUAUACUGGUGCCAAAAACCAAAAUGUCACGCAUGAAUCAUUCCUCAUCAAUAUUCCAGCCUUAACCAGCUAUUCCACAUCGUAUCGCACUGGUGGGAUAAGACGGUUUGCAAAUUUUGCUGUGGUCAUAGCCAAAACCUCAGUUUCCAGUGGGAUCAGAUUAGAGAAGAAAGUCUUUACAAACACUGAGUGGAGACCAAUUCCUGGAACAGAAUAUUCUUUUACUCAGCUCAGUUUGGGCCGAAAAGCUACUGCUGUCUCUGUAGAGCAUCCCAGUACUCCUUUUGGACUCUUGAUCUUUGGAGUCUCACCUUUCAUUGGCAUUGGUUCCACAGCCCUUUGCUCCUGUGGUAAGUAUCCCAAUCUGUGCAUAAUAUAUGGCCGGGGAGGGCGGCGUAUAAAUAAAUUUUAUUAUUAUUAUUAGUCUUCUGUGCUACUAAAGGUUAAAGUAUGGUUAAAGUAAGCUACAUCUUAUUUAAAUAUCCCUAUAUCCUGUGGCUUCUCCCACUCCCAAUAUUUCCACCCUUUUGCCUUCCAGCACUGCAUGCCAGCUUUUAAUAUUACUGUAGCAUCGCCCAUUGUCAAACAAAGUGGCCGCUUCUGGGCAGUAACUGAAGGCCAUUUUAUCUCACCACACUGAGAGCCAGUGUGGUGUAGUGGUUAAGAGUGGUAGUCUCCUAAUCUGGGGAACCGGGUUCGCGUCUCCCCUCCUUCACAUGCAGCUGCUGGGUGACCUUGGGCCAGUCACGUUUCUUUGAAGUCUCUCAGCCCCGCUCACCUCACAGAGUGUUUGUUGUGGGGGAGGAAGGGAAAGGAGAAUGUUAGCCGCUUUGAGACUCCUUAAAGGGAGUGAAAGGCGGGAUAUCAAAUCCAAACAACUCUUCUUCUUCUUCUUCUUCUUCUUCUUCUUCUUCUUCUUCUUCUUCUUCUGUUGUUAAAUUCUUGCUAUUCUUCUCCUCCUUACAGCCUUGCUGUGCCCUCAGAAUAGCCACUAUGAGUUCUGUGGCAAUGCCUGCCCUGCCAGCUGCGCCGACCGCAAUGCUCCCUCUGCCUGCAAACAGCCAUGUGUGGAAACCUGCCAGUGCAAUGAUGGCUACGUCCUCAGCAUCAACAAGCGUGUGCCUGUUGGGAGCUGUGGCUGCACCUACAAUGGGCUCUACUACAAACCUGGAGAAUUCUGGGCUGAUGAGACCUGUGGUUCCCGCUGCACAUGCGAUUCCACCCGGGGCAGAGUGGUUUGCAAACAAGCUAACUGCAGCCAGUGAACAAUGUACUGUGGUCAGUGGGGUCCGGGGCUGUCAACCUGUAAGCACCGCUACUUGCUCAGCAGCCGGGGGCCCUGACUAUGCACCCUAGGCUAUGAAAUGUGCAAUUCUCUUUGGUCAUUAUCUUAGCUCUGUUGAUCUAGGAUUCAGAGCUGAACAUUUGUUGCGAAUUUUAUGAUUCUAUAAAUGUAUGGUGUUCUGAUUGUUUUAUUGCAUGCCACCGUGAUUUUUGUGUGUGUGAGUUGGUGGUGCAGAAACAUUGUUCUAAACAAAAAAGCAAACAAACAAAUCAAUAAUUUCCUUGUUAUUUGAUGAGAUUUGCAUACCACUUCCCUGACAAAAAAACUUGUAAGCAUAUUGUUUGCUUGUUUAUAAGACUUCUUUGCCGGCGUCCACCAUAAGGUCCCGGGUCGGGUUACAAAAAUAGAAUAUAGAGCUGUAAAAAUAGAUAGAACCAUUGCAAUUAUUAAAUGAGUAAAGCUGUUCCAAAUGGAAGAGAACAGUGUAAAGUUAGCAAGAGAGGUGGGCCCCACCAAACAAUGCUUUAUUGCAUAAAGCAAUAAAGAAUAUAAAAAAGCAGCAUAAAAAUAUACAUAUAGGUAUAUACACUCUGGCUUUCCCAAAGUAACCAGCACAUAUGCAGAGACAUACAACAAUACGUAUUGCUAUAUCAAAAUGCUUGUGUAUUAAUAAAACAGAGGAUCCAUCUGUAAAUCCCCCGAAUACCCUUCGUCGCCUUCAUCCAUUUCUUCCCCUGUGCUCAUAGUUUCCUUUAAUUUCCUUAAAACUUGUUUUGUUACGAUAAAAGGAGAUCAUUAUUUGCCAGCUAUCCUGUUCCCUCAGGGCACCAUCUGCUUCCACUCCCCUUCUUGCAAACAAUGAUGAGCGAAUGUUGGCUUUUCAGGCUCUAAUGGUCCACGCAGGCCUCAGACUCCUAAUCUGGGCACAGUCCAGGGCGAUCCUGAACCUCCUUUUACACAAACAUAUGAAAUUUGGCUUCCCCAUUUGUUUGUUUAACUUGUCAACCAGCUCACUGGAAUCUGCUGGUUUGGAGUGGAAUGUUCAGACUUCAGACCUAUGUCCUGCGGUUUCUGGUAACCCUUUGGGGUCUUGCUCAUUGCACCAGAUUUGCUAACUAUGUCACUGCCCUGACACCUAAUAAAUAAUUUAUCUUCUGUCGUUGGCUUAGACAUGGUCAAUUAUGAGCAGGUUGGUUUGGGGGAUGCCAGAAUAUGUUAUCAUUUCUUCCUAUUAAUCACCAGCGGCUUUCCCAUGGCCAAAACAUUUCACAACCAAAGACAUGACUGCAGUCUCAUCAGGAAAAGGGCUGGUCCAGGAAUCUCAGGUCCCAAGUUGGUUGUUAUCUUCACAGCCCAUUUUAAUUUAAAUCUAUUCUGGUAAAAAAAGAAAAAGAAAAAAGAAUCCAUCAACCCUCAAGUCCCAUUGGGGAGUUCCCAGAACUGGCAUUUGUUCCCUAUAUAAAGGGAAACUAUGGAAGAGGGAGAAAACAGAGGAAGGGAUCCGGCGGCAGCAACUCCCUCUGUUCUCGAUUCGAGUGCAUCAGAAACACAAGCAAACUGAAGGUAAGAAACAGUGGGUUUCCUUUAUGAAUAACUCCAUAUGAAUAACUCCAGCAAAAACUGUUCUUAAAUCUGGUGAGAGGGGAAAUUCCCGUUCCCAUAUAGAAACAGCAGAUUUGAUAGCAGGCCACUAGGGUUGCCACCUUUGGUAGGGCAAAAUAAAGGACAGGUUGGGGGGGUGUUGGGAAUACACUCUCUCUCAUGACACCAAAUCCUUCCCUGCUUUGUGGAGGGGGGGCGGGUUCCCCGCGUUCAGCCUCCCGCCUCCCUCACCACCCCUGGUCACACUCUUCUCCUUGACUCAUGUAGACAGCCACACACAGGAAGAACAAGGGUACAGUCUGAGUUCCUCCCUUGUAGUUUCAGAAAUCAUUUAAUGUGUCAAGUAGAAGUUAUUAAUAUUGCAGUUGUUGUAUAAGGGAUUGUUAUUAUGACCGGAAUGCAAUUGAAAUUAAUAAGAUUUUGUAACACAGAAAUAAAGAAAAUAAUCAAGCCAUCAAAUCUAGCAUCUGGGGGGGGGGGACUUUAUCUAAAUUACAUAAUUUAGUAUUUGAAUGAUUGAUAUUAAUAAUUGCAUUAUAAAUUGGUAUUGUUAUAAUGAGGCUACUAUUGGACUGUAAUUGGAAACUGAUUAAAAAAAAUGUAAGAGAGGUGCUGUAGUCCAAGAGUAUCUGGAGGACCACAAUUUCCCCACUCCUGCAAGACAGUCCAUUUAAUUCUGAACCAUGCCUAUGUUCUGUUUUGGCAUAAGAGGGCAAGGUCACAAUACUUCCUGUAAUUCUGGGUUGCUAUCUCCCCGCCAGCCUAACAAAACUGAAGGAGGAGGGUGUUUUGCAGAUGUAUGUUGCAGACUAGGACAGUGCUCUGAGUUGCAGCCCAGAGAAGACCUGCUUCAUCAAACCAAUAGGGUCCACUUAAUUCAGAAUCCUGCUUUCAGUAGUGGCCAUACUUGAAAACACCUAGGAACAUAAGAAGCUACCUUAUACUGAGUCAGGCAUUGAUCCAUCUAGUUCAGGGCUGUCUACACUGAAUAGUGGUAUGUCUCUCCAGGGUUUCAGACAAGGGUCUCUCCAGUCCUUACCUGAAGAUGCUAGGACUUGAACCCGGAACUUUUUGCAUGAAACACAAAUGUUCUCCUACUGAGCUGAACUAUGAUUUAGAGUGGAACCUUAAAAGUCAGGGUGGGGGGCUAAUUUUGCAUCACACAGGGUGCCAAUGAAAUUUGAGGCCCCAAUGUCCAUCACUGGUAUGCCAUCCUCCCACCCUCCGAUAACCUUGAAGCAUGUGUAAGAAUAUAAGUGGAGCCUGCUGGAUCAGGCUAAUGUCCCAUCUAGUCCUGCAUUCUGUUUUCACAAUGGCCAACCAGAUGCUUGUGAGAAACCUGCAAGUAGGACAUGAACCCAACAGUGCUCUGUCCACCUGCAGCUGCCACCAGAUGAUAUCCAGAGACAGGCUGCCUCUUAUAGUGGCAGUGGAACAUGGCCAUUAUGGCUAGUAGCCAUGACUAUGUACAAAAUUAUUAAAAUGUGCUAACUAAAAGAGAAGAGAAGAGGCUCUUUGGAGUGAGACUAUGUGUAAUGUAAGUUCUGUAGAUUUGCAAUGUGCCAAACAAACAAACAAACAAACUUGUGACUUGUUUGUGAAGCACUUUGAGAAUAAAAUUGCUUGCAUCCACCAAAAUCUUGGCUCUGCUGUUAUAGCCGAUGAAUCUCAUUAUGAGUGGCAUCUACAUCUGCAGACAUGUCUAGAUAGAAAUCUACACUUGCUGGUUUCUGCAGAUCAAACCACAGGAGGAAGCCAGGGCAUUAAUUAUUAUCUGCCCCUGGCCAGCUGGCACUAUUAUAAAUAGAUCUAACUGCUAGGAGCAGGGUAAGGAAUCGAUGCAGUGGGCCAAUGUCUCUCUCCAGAUUUCAGGGAAGUAUGGCUGCAUUCAUCCGCAUACCUGUGUGGGGAAAGCCCCUUAUUCUUACUGGGAUUUACUCACCAGUAUAUGAAGAGCUGCAGCUUCGGCAUCACGCAGACCCCAGUUGAACUUGACUCACUUGCUCUCAAACACAGUUUGGGCUGACAACUAGCGUUGCGAAAACCUCCAGCUAUUUUCAUCUGGCAAAUGUUGGGUGGGUGGCUAUUGUCUUGGAAGGACCAAGUGUUCCAAUCUAAUCACAAAAUGUAUUUUGCAGCCUCUGUUAGUGCGUUGUCAAGCAUGGGGAUGAUCAAUCUCUGGACCAGGUUCUGUUUACUAUGGGGUGAGUACUCUGUUGCAUAACUGAUGCUCAUUGGUCUCCUUGUAGGGUGUCAAAGAGGGAGGGUAACUAGACAAAAGUCUUAACACCUCUGCCCCUUGUGAAUACAAGCAAGAUCCUUUCGUUUCUCCCAAAGCUGGCAGCAAACCCCCAAAAUCCUGGCUGUAAACAUAUAGGAAUCUUUCCACAUCAACGCAGCACAAAUCAGCAAAACUCUGGAGUCUGUUCAAUACUAUUGGCUCUAAUCCAGAGAAUGAACAAGGCUGUACACUUGCUGUGCUUCCUUCUGCCUCCCCCUUUCCCAAAUCUUCUCCUUUGUGAAUGAGAUUGGAUUCCCUGACCUGUUUACCAAUGACUUUAUUUACCGUGCUGACAUCAAACAUCCUUGCAACUCUUCCCAGUUCAUGAAGCUCUCUUUCACUUCCCAUGCAGUGUCAUACCCUCCAAAACCUUGGGGACCAAAACUGGGAUGCUCUCUCUUUUUUGUCCCAAGCGUUCUGGCACGAGCCACCUGACUUGUGCCAGAGCAAGCAUCCUUUGGUCCAGAGUUCUGCUGCAAGUCAACUUGGUGAAGACUGUUAUGCAAAAGCUGAGCUCACAGCAUACUCUUUAACUGAGAUGUGAACCUCCUGGUUUUGCAACUGAAGUGCAAUGCAUGCUGCCUUUUUCUUGCAUUUUGCCUCUAAAUGCCAUUUACUGGGGUUUUGCAAUCAGGAUUGGAGUAUCACACCCAAUUCCUGCUUUGGGGUUUGCCACAGACAUCUGGUUGGCCACUGUGAGAACAGGAUACUGAACUAGACAUUCAACAGGGCUCUUCUGAAUUCAUUUAGCAAUUUGCAGUUAAUGCAUUCCUCAAGGAGCCCUACUUUAAUAGUUUUAAGGCCCCAAUGAAAAGUUUCACUGACUUUCUCAAACUUCAUCCCCCCUCCCCAUUUAGGUAUUUCAAGUGGCCCUGCCUGGAUGAUGUUCAGCAUGCUCCCUGUCACAGUCUCCUCUAGCCCCUUAGGAAGAGAGUUCAUCACAGCUUUCAUGCAGAACGGCUUGCCACGGAUGUUCCAGGGAGAUUUUAAGCUGCUCAUCACAGGGUAUGCUCCUGCCACAUCCAUUACUAUCUCUAUGAAGCGGCCUGCCUUAAGAGUACAGACCAAGGUGAAUGCUGGCCAAACACUGUCAGUGAAAAUCCCACCAGAGGCGGAGAUGGUUGGAAGCACUGUCUUUGAAAACACACUCACUGUCCGGGCUGACAAGGACAUAUCCAUUCUCUCUCUGAACUACAAACCCCAGACAGCCGACACCGCCAUUGUCUAUCCCGUAGCGAGCUUAGGUACUGAGUACUACGUCGUUACCCCAAACGUGGGCACAGAUCGCUACAGAGAGGUAGCCAUCAUAGCUUGGGAAGAACCUACAGCAGUUGAGGUCUACCUGAAAGGGGCUAUUACAUUCCAAGGAAGAGUCUAUCCCCGGGGGACCAUGCUCCCCAUCUCACUCCAACCUUAUCAAGCUGCUCAGCUACAAAGCCAAGUGGACCUCUCAGGCACUAGAAUAGUCUCCCAGAAACCAGUAGCCGUCUACAGUGGACACACAUGCGUCUCCAGGCAAGUCCAUGCUUGUGACCAUGUUUUUGAGCAGCUUUUGCCUGUUUCCAGCUGGGGCACCAACUUCAUCAUCCCCUCUUUGCCCUUUAACAUGGAGUAUGACAUGGUGUUUGUUUCCACUUCCCAAAAGACUCAUGCCAAUACUCAGAUGGGACAGAGCAAGAGAAGCCGGAAUCUGCCUGCUGCCCGGGCGACAAUGUAUGGCAUUCAAGGGACAACUGCCAUGUCCCUCUCAGCUAGUUCUGGCGUCCAGGUGAUGUUCUUCAGUGAUGGCGGAACCUAUGGGAACCUCCAAUAUGACCCCUUCUUCAUGGCAAUCCCUGACAUCUCCAGCUAUUGUCAGGCGUACCACAUCUAUGGGCACGACCAUUUUGAAAACUAUGCCCUUAUCAUUGCAAAAUCUUCAGAGACUUCCGGGAUCACUUUGGAUAAGAGACCACUGAGUGGUCUUCAGUGGAAGCUGGUGUCUGGCACUGAAUACUCCUGGGCAUCACACAGCUUGGGCCAGGGAUAUACAGUCCACACAAUAGAACAUGCCUCUUCCCCCUUUGGGCUGCUGAGUGUUGGAAUUGGAAAUGAGAAGGCUUAUGGCUCCCCAGCUAUUUGUGCAAAUGGUAAAAUGAGAUUCCUUUCCCCUCCUUCUCUCCAGCUCUUCUUUCCCCUCCUCUUCUUUCAUCCUUCAACUCAGGGAUAGGCAAUGUUAGUGCCCUCUAGAUCUUCUCAUCAUCCCAAACCAUUGACCGUGUUGUCUGGGGCUAGGGUUGGAAGAGAAAUUCAGUCCUGCUUGCAUGCUAAUGAGAAAUGACCUACUUUGCACUUCUAAAACCAAUAUGCAAACUGAAACAACUGCCAUGUGAUUCAAUGAUGCUCAGCUCUAUUACGGUCAGUCACUCUCUCUCACACACACACACACACACCACACUUUUAUAGAAAAUAUAGCAAGGCAGUGUUAAAAACUGGGGCCCCACAUGCUUUAAAAAGCACUAUUCUCAUAUAUCAUAAAUUACAAUAAAUAGACUACAAGAACUUUUCAAAACUAGGAAAGAUAGCACAUAUUUUCUCAUUUUCUCUUAUAAAAUUUUAUAAAAACCAUAACUUAUCCAGUACAUCAUUUAAAUUACUCUUAUUGAUCAAUUUCUAUGCAAUUUUUUUCUGAGCACCUAAAUUUAAAAGUAUUACACUUUGAAAUACUUUGAUCGUAUUAAAAGAUUAUAGGAAAGGAGAAGGAUAACACUCCUCACCAUGCUCUUUAUGCAUUCCCCAAACCUCCAAAUGGUUUCCACUCCUACUCAUAACUUUUCAUGUUAGACUUCCAUGUUCUAAGUGAACUUUCUCGUAUUACUUUAUCUUAAGGUUCAAGCCAUUAUCUACCUGAACCUACUUAAAAUGACUUGGUUGCAUUUUCCUCUCACAGAUCCCUGCAAAAAUCUCCAGUGCAGGACAAAGGAAACAUGUGUGACGCAGAAUGGUCAAGCGAGAUGUGUUCAUGAGUACAUGGGGACCUGCCAGGGCUCCGCUGCCCAGGAUUUCCAGACUUUUGAUGGUCUGUUGGUGGACAUUCAAGACUCCUGCACCUACACCAUUGCAAAGUACUGUGGCAGUGACUCCACACUGGUCCCUUUCGCAUUGGAGGAGAAGAGCAGCAACGUGAACAAUCAGGACGCUGCCAAGAUGCAGCUGAGCCAUCUCAAAGUGUAUGGUCACACGGUCACCAUUAACAAGGGAGAAAGUGUCCAACUCAUGGUAAGAAUCCAGGUUCUUUGGUUUGGGUCAUUUCCAUUCAUAACUAUAGUGGGGGUGGUGAGAGAGACCACGUUAGAGUUCGUAAUUUGUAUAUAUUCCCUUAUUAUUAAGAAGCUGGUAAUUUGGGUACCCGAGUCCCGUGACCCUGGUACUUCCAAAUAAUUCCUCAUAUCUGUCUGCAGACCCAGAAUUGUUACAUGGUGUCAGAAGUGCAUAAUGAGCUGCAGUAACGAUAGUGAAAAAACUCGAGGGAUCUCAAUGAAUCGGUAAUCAUCCCUGCCACAACCCCAAAUAAUCUGUUAAAUGAGCUGCAAAUGGCUCCAAAUAUCUUGUGGUCCUUUAAAUGCUAAAAGUGGGGCAUAUGGAGAGUCAGAGGCCACAAGUGUUUCGUCCCAGUGACUCUUUUCAGUACCAGCACUAAUAGGAAUCAGAAAAACAAGGGCACCUCAAGACAUGUUCAUUCUCAGAGUGGUUUAACAAUAAAUCUUGCCUACUGAAGAACUCUGGGAACUGUAGCUCUGUGAGGGGAAUAGUGGUCUCCUAACAACUCUCAACAAGCUACAGUUCCCAGGAUUCUUUGGGGGAAAGCCAUGCAUGUUUAAAAUGAUGUAAAAGCGCUUUAAAUGUAUGGUGCAAAUGUAUCCAUAGUAAGGUUGGAAGCUACAGGCUGAGGAGAUGGCCACAAGCCUAGGUGUGAUCAUGAAAAAAUAUUGACACAUUCAUGGAGUACCCAGAGGGAGAAGGGGUCAAUUGGAAAAAUUGAGCCUCCUCAUUUGGAGGAAGCCUACUUCUCAGUGCCCCGUGGUGACCCAGGCACCAAAAGAGGAAAGGGUUAUUUUGUUACAUGGAGUGCAUACGUCCCAGACAGCCUUGGAACCUAUUUUUAAGGAUAUUAACCAAUGGCACGCAGUCCAGGGGACAAAGUUUGCUGGAGAGGACUAUAAAGUGUGUCUCUCCCUUACCCUGCAACCCCUUCUUUUUUCUUCUUAGGUGAAUGGUGUGGCAGCCAGCAUCCCUGCGACUCUGGAGGGUGGAAAAAUCAAGGUCUUUGAAAGCAAUGGAUUGCCCAUCAUUGAAACAGAUUUUGGCCUCCGUGUGAUGUAUGACACUGAUGGGGUUGUAGUGGUAACUCUCCCCAGCAGCUACUAUGGAGCCACCUGUGGGCUUUGUGGGAACUUCAACACCGAACCCCAUGAUGACACGACUUAUCUGAAUGGUACCUUUACCUCCUCCGUGGUGGACUGGGCCAGGAGCUGGAAGGUUGAUUAUCAGGACCCUGCCUGUUCAGAUUCCUGCCAAGGAGAUUGCUUGGCCUGCAGUGAUAGACAGGAGGAACUGUUUGGCAGCAAAAGGUAUUGUGGGGUCAUCAGUCAAGUUUCAGGAGGCCCGUUUGGAGCAUGCCACCCCACCAUCAGCCCCACCAGCUACUUUAAUGAUUGUGUCAGUGGAAUGUGCUUAAAAGGAGGGGACAAAGAUGUGUUGUGCCAAAUAGUGGAGACAUAUGCCACCGCCUGCAAAGAAGAGGGCAUUGCCAUUGAUGAAUGGAAGGUGACAUCUGGUUGCGGACGAGCCCAGCCUGACCAACAGGCAAAUGAGACGUAUGCUGAAGAAAUCACUCCCCAAGAAAAUGUCCAUCAUUCAGCUGGUGAACCCAUCCACAGCAGCACUGCAUGUACGAAAUGAGAGGUUGUCGCAAAACUAGUUUAGGGUUGGGGUUCAAGGGAGCAGAGGCAAGGAGUUACAGGAAGAGCUCCCUUAGAGCAGGACUUAAGGGACCCUGUGGCUCUCCAGAUUUUGGGAUCCAACUCUCAACAGCCUCAACCACCAUGGUCAAUGUUGAGGGGUGAGGGGAGCUGCAGUUCAAGCAAUAUAUGGAGGGCCACGGGUUCCCCAUGCCUGCUCUACAGAGUAAAGCAACCCUCAGCUAAUCCUGUGGCUUUCUCUUUCUUCAUUGCUCCGCCCCAUGAAAAUGUACAGUCUCUGUGGAUGCUCUUGAAGCAACCAGGGCCACUGGGAAAAUGGAGAGGGGCCAGCAACAGUUCUUUAGGCUCAUGUCCCAGGGUGUGCAAUGAUUACCUGCAACUGCUGCCUCCAUUAUGGAUCUAGACAAUAAUUAUUGAACUGCUGGGAUACCUCAGUUGGUAGAGCAUGAGACCCUUAAUCCCAAGGUUGUGGAUUUGAGCCCCACAUUAGGUGAAAGAUCCCUGCAUUGCAGGAGGUUGGAUUAGAUGACCCUCAUGGUCUCUUCCAACUCUACAAUUCUAUCAACAGAUUUGGUCCAAGUAGGAUUUGGUCCAUCAGCAGGUUAUCUUUAUGCCAGGAGUGGGGAACCUUCUUCAUCCUGAGGGCCAUAUUCCUUUCUAGGCAAGCUUCAAAGGGCCACAUGAAACUGGUGGGCAGGGCCAGAGGCAAAGGUGUGGGUGAAGCAGCACAGUAGCACACCCCUCUGUACCCUCCAAUCAGACUAGCAAGAAGAAUGAUCAAAGUAUACAUUACAGUCAGGCAGAAAUGCCCAGAGUGCAAAGCAGGGCCAUUGAUGGCCAUAUGAAGAGAGUGUGUGGUCCAGGGAGGGCACUGUAGACUAUUUUAUAGUUUCUAAAACUGACUGUGAGUCCCACAUGCUACUUGUCUAAUUGAUAUGUAAAAGUAAUAUUUUAUCAAAUCUAACCCAUUCUUCCCCGCCACCCAGCAGCCGACGCCUGCCCUGAAAACAGUCACUAUGAGGCCUGCGGAAAUGCCUGCCCGGCAACCUGUUCUGAACCGUCAGCCCCCUCUGCUUGCAAAGAUCCUUGUGUGAAAACCUGCCAGUGCAAUGAUGGGUACGUCCUCAAUGGUGGCAAGUGUGUCCCUGUGGAGAACUGCAGUUGCAUGCAUAACAGCCUCCGCUACAAGGCUGGGGAGGAGUUCUGGGCCGAUGAGAACUGCCAGUCACGCUGCAAGUGUGAUCCAAGCCUGGGCCAAGUGAGAUGCCGGAAGGCCGCUUGCAAAGGCAACGAGAAAUGCGCCCUGGUGAAUGGCGUGCGCCGCUGCAAGGGGACGACAUACUCCACCUGCAUAGGAACUGGCGACCCUCACUAUACCACCUUUGAUGGGAGGAAGUAUGACUUCCAAGGCACCUGCGUUUAUCAGAUGGCAGCGGUCUGUUCCAGGGACCCCACCCUCACCCCAUUUUUGGUCACAGUGGAGAACAACAACCGAGGGAGUAAGGCAGUGUCCUUUACCAAAGUGGUGACUCUGGAGGUCUAUGGCAUGACCAUCAGUCUGAGCCAAGAGCAUCCACGCAAGAUUAAGGUACCAAAGGGAAAAAGAAUGCUGGAGGAUGGGAAAGUGUGAGGAAGCUUUAAAUUAGGGAACCUCAGGGGGUUGGACUUACCAUUAGCACAUUUUUCCCCUCCCAAGGGUUCUCUGUUUGUUUGUUUAUUGCUGCUGCUUAAAAUGACAAUAGCAGCAUCUGUGGUAACAACUUGGACAUUAUUUUUCAACUUUUGCAAUACCCCAGAUCUAGUGUCAUUCUAAGGCAUUGUAGGAAUCAGGAGAAAUAGUGGCUGGCUGACACACAUAUGAUGGAGAAUAUUCAGAGAAAAUUCUACAGCGUUCUAGUAGUGUGGGAAAGAAAAAUCUCAGAAGUGUUCUCAAUAGAAUGCCUUCUGAGCAUAGGAGGAUAAGAAGCUACCUUAUACUGAUACUGACCUUUGGUCCAACCAGCUUAGUAUUGUCAAUAGUGAGUAGUAGCAUCUCUCCAGAGUUUCAGACAGGGAAGCCUACCUGAAGAUGUCUCACUGAAAGCCUAUGGGUGGUCACUUCAAUGUUUUCCAGGUGAAUGGAGUCUUUGUGGACCUGCCUUUCUCCUACGAAAAUAAACUGAAGGUCUACAUCAGUGGAGUCCAUGGCUUCAUCAAAACAGACUUUGAUCUGAGAGUCAGCUUUGACUGGUACAGUUAUGCCAGGGUCAUUAUUCCCAACACUUACGCCAAUGCUGUGUGUGGUCUGUGUGGCAAUGCCAAUCAGGAUCCCAGUGAUGAUUUUGUCAUGAAGGAUGGAACUCAGACGACAGAUGAAAUCCAAUUUGCAGACAGCUGGAAGUUGAAGGAGGUCCCAGGAUGCUCUGCAGGAUGCAGUGACUGCCCAAUAUGCAGUGAGGCAGAGAAACAGACCUACAAGGGGGACCAGUUCUGUGGGAUCCUCAAGAGGAAGGAUGGACCGCUCGGACAGUGCCAUGAGGCCGUUGACCCAACAUCCUACUUUGAGGACUGUGUUUUUGACACAUGUCAAUACAAGGGUCAUCAUGACACUCUCUGCAGUGCCAUCAGUGCCUAUGUGACAGCCUGCCAAGCACUGGAUGUCAAGGUUGGGAAAUGGAGAUCAGCCUCUUUUUGCAGUAAGUUUGGGCUCUCCUGCAUCUGUGCAUCAUGUGCUCAUGUGCCUUUGCAUGAGCAUGUGUCAAAUAUCCGCUGAAUGCUAAAAAUAUAUGCACCAGUCCAAGGUACAAAAUCAUGAUUUUGCCUCAUGUAUCAGGAGUGGGGAAUCUGAGGGUCUCCAAAUGUUCCUGGACUCCACCUCCCAUCAGCCCCAGUCAGUCAGCAAUAAUGGGAGUUUUAGUUAAGUAACUGUUGAAGACAUGGCUGGUCCGCCCAUGAGCCAAGGUGAGACAACCGCCUCAGGCAGCAGGAUCCAUAGGGCCAGCUGCUCCUGAUGUAGAUCUUUAUUCUCCACCUUGUUCCUGAUAUAGAUCUUGUUAUCAUUGUGGAAUGGAACAUCCCUAUUUUCAUUGGAGAAACGUUGGAGGGUAUGCAAUCCAAAAUGCUGGAUUGGGCCCAGGAUGCAUAGCCCUAUUGGCUAUGCAUUACAUUAAUCAUUUGUUGUUCAGUUGGGCUAUGACAACAGAACACAAAAUCCUCUGUUGAAAAACAGCUGUCUACUAGCUUAAUAGUCUCCUCCUGGGAUAUUCCCAUAAGAGACCCUUGAGCAGUAUCGUCCUUCCCUUUUCUCUUCUUUACUGGAAAUCUGUCCCAGAACAGCUUGUCUCUAAUUGCAGUGUACUCUGGGAAGUCCUAUUGAACUAUCGCUAUGAAUGAUACUUACACAAUACAGUCCCCAUGUAGGCCAUUUGUUCUGUUCCAGCCACUCAGUCCCAUUAUCCUUCCAGAAAACAUUAGGAAUCCCAAUGAACACAUCUCUCUUCCUGGAUGAGUGUUCCCUCCCCACUAUUCAAGACCACUAGAAUUUCCAUUAAAAUAACCUUUGUUUGAAAUGUAGGUUGGAUGCAUCCUCACUGUUAAUCUGCAAUGGUUGUCAUUCUCCUCCUCCUUUCUUCUCUUUCCAGGCACUCCCUGUCCACGCCAUUCCCACUAUGAGCUCUGUGGAAGUGGCUGUCCUGCCACCUGCAACAGCCUCUCAGCUCCGGAAGUGUGUGAGGCUCCAUGCACAGAAGGGUGCUUUUGUGAUACUGGCUUCAUCCUCAGUGGGGAUCAGUGCGUCCCUCCAGAAGAGUGUGGCUGCAUGUUCCAGGGCAGAUACUACAAGAAGGGAGAGGAGUUUUAUCCCGGUAGCUCCUGCCAGGAGAAGUGCCGCUGUCUGGACAAUGGAGCCACCACAUGUGGGCAGUUCUCCUGUGGAGCACAUGAGGAGUGCAGGGUGGAGAAUGGCAUCCAAGGCUGCCACCCUGUGGGGUACGGCACAACCAUAGCAUCUGGUGACCCCCAUUAUAUUUCCUUUGAUGGACGAAGUUUUGAUUUCCAUGGCUCCUGUACUUACACCUUAGCCCAAGUCUGCAGCCAGGACCCUAACCUAGUGAAGUUCUCCGUGUUGGUGGAGAACGGCAUGCUUGACUAUGGACGUUCUCCUAUUACAAGGACAGUUGUGAUCUCUGUUCACGGACACUCUAUUGUCCUUGAAAGGGGGAUGAAGUGGAAAGCUAUGGUAUGUACUUCCUAGUAAUGACCACUUGUGUUUGAAUUUACAACCAGACCUCCAUCCAGCUAAUAUGAUUUAUUGUUUGCACAGGUUGAUGGAGAGCUCUACACUUUGCCAAUGAAUACAGUGGAUGGGAAACUCUGGAUCACCCAGGAGGGGAACAAUAUCAUUGUCCAUUCAUCCUUUGGCCUCACAGUCCUUUAUGAUACCUCCUCGUUCGUCCAUGUGUCUCUUCCUAGUACCUACCAGGGACAUAUGUGUGGACUUGGGGGCAAUUUCAAUGGUGACACGAGUGAUGAUUUCAUGCUGCCUAAUGGACAAGUCACCCAAAGUGUGGAUGAGUUUGGAGCCUCCUGGAAGGUCCCUGUGGAUGGUGCCAUUUGCUCUGAUGGCUGUGGUGUGGAAUGUCCCACCUGUGCUGCAGAGCAGACAGCACCAUACGAGGCCAAGAGUUCCUGUGGAAUGAUCCAGUCCAAGACAGGUCCAUUCAAAGACUGUCACUCUUUGGUUAACCCUGCUGAGUACUUGAGGCAGUGCCUGCAUGACAUGUGUGUGGCCGGUGGAGCUGCAGAGACUCUCUGCCGAAGCCUUCAGGCCUAUGCAGCUGCAUGCCAACUGGCUGGAGUCAAGAUUGGAGCAUGGAGAACAAACUCCUUCUGUUGUGAGUCAGCAAAUUUUAACCCUUUCCUCACAUGUUCUAUCCCCGAGGAAUAUCACUCCUCUAAAGCUGUUUUGCUCUUGUUUUGCAUGAGAGAAAGGUCUCCUGUUGGCACCAUUGACUGAGAACAUGUCUAAUGUCCAAAUGGUGAGAGAUAAUUUGUAAAUCUCAGUGAAGCUGGGUCACAAAAGUAUGUACUGCAGACCUUUGCUUGAUGGUUCCAACUCUAUGAAGACACAUCUUAUAGUGAUUUGAUCUCCCUUAUACUGUACAUCUAAGGGCACAAGUAGCUGGGGGGAAAUCACAUUAGGAAGAUCUGAAAGACCAUUACUUAAUUUUCCCAAGUCCACACAGUAUAUUUUGUGUCUGAGGGGGGAUCGGGGAGCCUAAGCUGGGUCUCUCUUUUCAGAUACAUCAUGUUGCAUUACACUAGCUCUUGACAUAUUUUUAGAGUACUAGAGAGAGGAGAAGAAGAAACAAGUGUUCUGGGUAUAAUUCUAUUUGCUGAAUUUCAUUUCCAUUCCUCCUUUCCUCCAAGAAGUUCAGCAUGGUAUGCAUCAGUGCUCAUCAGCCUUGGCUCUCAAGCUAUUGUUGGACUCAACUCCCAUCAGCAAAGUCAAUGAUCAGGGAUGGUGAGUUGUAGUCCAAUAACAUUUGAGAACACAAGAUUGAAGAACACUGGCAUACAUCAUGGGAGCCAAGUCUUUAGAUGUUGUUGGAUUCAAACUCCCAUCAGCCCUCCAAGGCCAAUACAGUCAGAGAGCUAUGAAGAGCUGAUAGAUAACACAGCUUAUCUAACACAGUGUAGGAGAGCUGUAGGUAAUCCUUGAAUGCAGAUCAUCUCAUUCUGUACAUCUUCCUUUCUUCCUUUCAGCUCUGCCUUGCCCAGCUAACAGCCAUUAUGAAUUGUGCACCCGAUCCUGCGAUUUCACAUGUGCUGCCUUAUCUGCUCCAUCUCAGUGCACCGGAGAUUGCUUUGAAGGCUGCCAGUGUGACACUGGCUACGUGUUUGAUGGGGAAGACUGUGUGUCCAUGGACAAGUGUGGCUGUGCUUAUGAUGGGCGCUACAUCAAGGUUGGUGAUGGUUUAUGAAGCAGAAGGUUCCUCAGCAGUGCAGUGAUUGUGAUACAGUUUAGAGAAACCUUUUGUAUGUACACACACACACACACACACACACACACACACACACACGUAUAUCUAUUUAUAUCUAUGUGUCUGUCUGUCUGUCUUGCUCCAAUGGCCAGAUUAUGGUGUAUGUGCUGAUUUUAUGGUGGCUGUUGUAUAAAAGAAGAGAGGGCCUCUUGUUUCUCAGUCUUUGCUUCCAUUGCAGCAGCUGCCUAUUUUGUAUCAAAGUUUGAUCACCAUGGAUUUAUACAACCAUCAUUGGACACAUGGCAGGGCCUUUUUGGUGGGAGUUCCUUGCCUGUGAAAUGCCUUCCCUGGAGAUGUCAUCUGUCUUUUUUAAAACAAAACCCCCCAUCAUGUUUAUGCUCAUUUCAUGGCUGAAAGAUACUGUUCUCAGCCACAUUGAAAUAAUCAGCUGCAGGGAUAUGUGGUUGGUUUUAAAAUGUUCUUAAGUAGGGGAGCAGGUGACGCUGUGGUCUAAACCACUGAGCCUCUUGGGCUUGCUGAUCAGAAAGUCAGCCAUUCAUAUCCCCCUGAUGAGGUGAGCUCCUGUUGCUCUAUCCCAGCUUCUGCCAACCUAGCAGUUUGAAAGCAUGCCAGUGUGAGUAGAUAAAUAGGUGCCACUGUGGCUGGAAGGUAAAUGGAGUUUCCAUGCACUCUGGUUUCUGUCACUGUAUUCCAUUGUGCCAGAAGCGGUUUAGUCAUGCUGGCCACAUGACCCAGAAAGCUGUCUGUGGAAAAACACUGGCUCCCUCGGCCUGAAAAGUGAGAUGAGAAGUUCUUAAUUUUUAAUAAUGUUCUUCAUUCUUCUUAUUUUUUUAAAAUGUUUCAAGUACAUUUUUUUCUUUGUUUAGAAGAGGGGGAAAGAAAUUUAAUAAACAAAUAAAAUAAUUUUGAUUCCGUUUCCUAUCCUUUCCUUCAACCCAUCCUUCCCUCCUGGAUUUACGGUAUUGGUUUUGAUAUCUAAAAGUUGAUUUUCAACAGGAAGUCUUAUCAUCUUUCUGGAAUUUCUUUCCAGGCAGGAGAGACCAUCAUCUCCAAUAACUGCUCAGAAAAAUGCACCUGUCGUCCCUCAGGUCAGCUCACCUGUGCAGAAACCAGCUGUGCUGCAGGGGAGACCUGUGUGCUCACAGACAAGGUCCGCAGCUGUGUAAGGCAGGAAGGGCACUGCACACUCAGCCCAGGAGCCUGGUUCACCUCCUUUGAUGGAGCCAAAGGGAAACUGCUCGCUAGUGGCAUCUACAAGAUUGCCUCCUACUGUGAUGAGCAGUCACCAUCCUGGUUCAAGGUGCUGGUGGAUGUCAGUGAAUGCAAUGAAGACACUGUGCCAGCUGGGACAGCCGUCUAUGUCUUCUUCCGAGAAGCGUUCAUCUCAGUGACCAACUACAAGGAGACUUGGGUAAGCCACUGUCGGCUACAAUAGUUCAGUGGAACCUGCAGCCCAAAUGUUAUGAGUGUCAGUUCACAUCCAAAGGCAAAACCCACCUACUUCACUAAUAAUAAUAAUAAUAAUAAUAAUAAUAAUAAUAAUAAUAAUAACGUAAGAACUUAAGUACAGCCAUCCUUUGACACCUGCAGCUCUCUGAAUUUUGCAGUACAAAUGCAAUGUACAAUGUACAAAUGCAGUACAAAGAAAUGUGUGCACAAAUGCAUGUAUCGGGGUAAAGAGUGCAUAAAAUGCAUAUAAGUUGAAAGAGCAUAAAAAUGCAUUAUAUUAGGGGAAAUGGCUCUGCAAAUAUGUGUAUAUGAGGCAAAUCUGCAUAGAAACACAUGUAUAUGAAGAGAAAUUCAUACGAAAAUGCUGGUGAAUUUUCACAAGGACUUAAAGAGAGUUGCAAAAUGAUCCAAAAAUGUGGAGAACUCAACUAUAGACUGGAAAAAUGAGAAACUGGGUGAACCCAAAAUUGACAGAUUCACCCAUCCCUACUCUAAAUAUCAGUUGCUGGAAGAUAAAGCAUAGAAGAGCCUUGCUUCUGGGCUUCCUGGAAGCAAUUAGCUGGACACUUUGUAAAGCAGGAUGCUGGGUUAGGGAUGGACCUAUCUCUAGUUUGUACCAAUCGUUUAAUGAAAGGGCUGGUGCCAUGCUGUUUUUAAUGUAAUUAUUUAUAUGGUUUUAAUAGAAUUCAUAUAUGCAUAUAAUUUUAAUUCCAUCAAUGUUUUAAUUGUUUUUAAUGACUGUAUUUUCUAUGUUUUUAGCAGUUUUUAUUUUUAUCUGUAAGCUGUCUUGAGCCAGGGAGAAAGGCAAAGUAUAAUAAUAAUAAUAAUUCAAAAGUUUGUUAUGUAUGUCCUGUUUCUGCUUUGAUCUGCCCCUCUUUUUCUUCUCCUUCUGGAAUUGGGAAACAAAUCCCAUUCACCCCCAAUGACUCUCAGCAUGACUCUGCCUCAGCCUGUCCUCUUUGCCUUUCAGGUCAACGGGCUCUUGGUGCAACCUCCACUGAAUGUCUCCAACGCAGUGUCUAUCACUGAAUCUCAGGACACCACUGUCAUUGACCAAAGCUCCCAGAUGCAAGUUCUCUUCGGUUCCAACGGCAAAGUGACCGUGAGAGUCACGGAGAGCCUGGCAGGGAAGUUGUGUGCCCCUUGCGGGAACUUCAACAAUCAAGUCUCAGAUGACCUGCGGCUGCCCAGUGGUCAGAUUGCAGGAGACAUUGCUGAGGUUGUUGAUGCCUGGAAGGCUAGGGACUUCUUAGAGUGGUGAGUAGGUCCAACUGUGGCUUUUGACUCUUUGUGAUAAGGUAAAACAGCCUCCCCCAGCUCCGUGCCCUCUAGACGUAUCAGGCUCCAACUCUCAACAGUUGCUUCCCAUGGCUAGGGAUGAUGGGAGUUGUAGUCCAAAUCAUCUGGAGGGCACCAGGUUGGGGAAGCCAGGAGUAGCUUUAGGCUACAGAACUAGCCUACACUCAUAGGAACAUAGGGGAAGUUGCCGUCUCUCAGGUCAGAGGGUUCAUCUAGCACAGCACUGCCUACUCAGACUGGCAGCAGCUUCCCAGGUUCUCAGGCAGGGAGGUAGAUUUUUAAAUGCAGGUCCCAGGAUUCAACCUGGGACCUUCUGCAUGUGAAGAAUAUGCUCUACUUUGCACUUCUCUCCAGGGCCAUCCCUGGUGCUACAACUAAUCCAGAAUGUAGCAGCUAGACUGGUGACUGGGAGCAGCCGCCGAGACCAUAUAACACCGGUCCUGAAAGACCUACAUUGGCUCCCAGUACAUUUCCGAGCACAAUUCAAAGUGUUGGUGCUGACCUUUAAAGCCCUAAACGGCCUCGGCCCAGUAUACAUGAAGGAGGGUCUCCACUCCCAUCAUUCAGCUCAGACAUUGAAGUCCAGCUCCCAGGGCCUUCUGGCAGUUCCCUCACUGUCAGAAGUUGAGGUUACAGGGAACCAGGCAGAGGGCCUUCUCGGUAGUGGCACCCGCCCUGUGGAAUGCCCUCCCAUCAGAUGUCAAGGAAAUAAACAACUAUCUGACUUUUAGAAGACAUCUGAAGGCAGCCCUGUUCAGGGAAGUUUUUAAUGUCUGAUGUUUUAUCGCUUCUUUUUUAUUAUUAUUAUCAUUAAUUCUGUUGGGAGCCACCCAGAGUGGCUGGGGAAACCCAGCUAGAUGGACGGGGUAUAAAUAAUAAUCAAACAUCAUCAUCAUCAUCAUCAUCAUCAUCAUCCCUGCCUAAAGGCGGCUCUCUGCCUCCCCAACCAUUGGCUUCUCUUCAAAUUUUCACCCCCAUAUAUUUCAAAUGAGGUCUAACUCCCCACUUCCUAACACUGCUGCCCCCCUUCCCUUUCUGAGGCCCCAUCUGCACUAUGCAUAGCAAGCAACAUCAUGCCACUUUAAAGAGUCAUGCGUCCCUAAAAAAGGAUCCUAGGAACUGUAAUUUGUUAAAGAUGCUGAAAGUUUUUGGGCCACCCCUUUUCCUUUCACAAAGCUACAAUUUCUAGGGUUCACUGAGAAAGAUCAGUUGUUAUCUGGGAACUGUAGCUCUCUAAGAUAAAUUUGGGUCUCCUGGCAACUCUCAGCAUCCUUAACCAACCACAGCUCCCAGGAUUUUGAGGGGGGAGCCAAGACUGUUUAAAGUGGUAUGAUACUGCUGCAAAUGUGUAGUACAGAUGGGGUUUCGUCCUUGUUGGGUUGAACUGGGUUGCAAGCACUUCCUGCAAGUGUUAAGCAGCUACAGUGGUACCUCAGGUUAAGAACUUAAUUCGUUCCAGAGGUCCGUUCUUAACCUGAAACUGUUCUUAACCUGAGGUACCACUUUAGCUAAUAGGGCUUCCCGCCGCACGAUUUCUGUUCUCAUCCUGAAGCAAAGUUCUUAACCCGAGGUACUGUUUCUGGGUUAGCGGAGUCUGUAACCUGAAGCAUCUGUAACCUGAAGCGUCUGUAACCUGAGGUACCACUGUACAAGGACUUUUUAUUCCCCACUCCUCAGCCCCCAACCAAAACACGCACAUGCUAUGCAGAGGGAUAUAUACAUUCAGUGUUAGAAGCAAUGUAACAAGAAGAAACAUUGGGUUGCCAGAUGGCACACCUUGAGGGCCAGUCUCACAAUUCUCUCUCCUCUGCUUGCUUCCACAGUUACUGAUACCUGCACAUGAGAAACUCCUUAGACAGGUAAGUGACUCUCCAGACUGCUAUUGUUUCUAAGGGCCCACUCCAUGGUUUGUUUAGAGUAAGAUAAAUGAAGAGUGGAAGUCUGCACAUCACACUAAGCCAAACCAUCGCUUGGCUUGCAGAAGCACAGUACCAGGAGUUGGGAGGGGAGAAGCAAAGCAACCAUCUUUGGGAGGGGAAGUUGCUAUUUCCAUUCCUUCAACUCAUGAGAAGGCCAACCUUUUUUCUGAUCCUAACCCCAAUUUCUUUCUUUCUUUAAUGUGUCCCACUAGCAUCCCACUACUAGACACAUCCCACUUGCCUUUGAGAGCAAUGCCACGUUGUGUUGUUCCCAAAGCUUUCUGGGAAGCGUAGCUGGCAGAAAACCAAAUGACCAGUGCCAAUUUGAGAUAGCCGGCACAACUUUCAGAUCAUCAAAGGGACACCUUAGCCCUGCAUGUCCCUUUGACAAUCUCAGAUGGAUUGCCAGCAUACCUUCCUGGUGGUCAGCCUCCUCUGCAUGCAUUGGGUCCCCUCAAUGCUAAGUGCAACUCGGCGCCUGUGUUACUGUACAACUAGAGCAUCUACGAAAACAGGCUCAGCCCAUGGCCUCUGCAUAACACAACUCUUCUUAUGCCUUUUCCUCUCUAGAUAUAUCUAAAAUCCCAAUCUGGAAGCAUGCACUGGAUGCACAAGCACCUUAGAACAAUGCUGUAUUUGGUUAAAAAAAAGAAACAUCCAAAAGUUCCUGCACGAGUGGAGCAACCAGUUAAUAAACGGAAUGUGAUUAUCUACAAUAACUGA